CUUCAUCUAAACGUCACUUCUUUUGUUUAUCUGCAAAGUGUCCGCUCUCGAGAUCGAAAAGCUUCCCACCCCACGAUGGCCGACGCUGCCGCCCGUCCGGAGGUCGACGCUCCCACCGAGGACGAAGAAACCCUGACGGCACGCCACCGCAAGGAGAAGAAGGAACUGCAGGCAAAGAUCCAGUCGCUCAAAAAGGCCAAAGUGGACAAAAAGAAAAAGAAGGAACUGCAGGACGAGAUCGUCCAGCUGGAGGCGGACCUGGAAGCCCGGCACGCCGACGAGUUGAACCGGUUGAAUGCGUUGAAGAUUAGUGUGGAGGAGCCGGCUGCGCCGGCAGUUAAUGGUGAGGAGGGGGAAGAGCCGGUGAAGAUGUCCAAGGCCCAGCGAAGGCGCGAGAAGAAAUCCCAGGAGGAUAAGGAACGGCAGGCGCAGAUUAAGGCGGAGGAGGCCGCGAAUCGUGGCAGUUCGCCGAGGGUGUUGGAGGAUCGGAAGAUUGCGGAGUUGCUGGCGGCGCGCGGGUUGGCGAGUUUUCCGGUGGCCGCCGAUGGGGAUUGUUUGUACAACGCGGUCAAGCACCAGCUGCAGUCGAGGUUGGGCGCGUACGAGUACGAGACGGGGGAUUUGCGCCAGAUGGCGGCGGAUUACAUCGAGGACAACAAGGAAUCGAUCAUAUGUUACAUGACCAAUCCGGACACGGGGGAUAUUUUGGGGGAGGACGAGUUCCGGAAGUACUGCCACCAGGUGCGGAACACCAAGUCUUGGGGCGGGGAGAUCGAGGUGAAGGCCCUGUCGAGCGGGUUGAAGUGUCCGAUUGAGAUUAUUCAGGCCAGCGGGACGUCGCCGGUGCACGGAGAGGGGGAAGAUCCGGCGCGAAAGCUGGUGCUGACGUAUCACCGGCACAUGUACCGGCUGGGGGAGCAUUACAACUCGACGGUCGAUGCGGUGGCUGUUGGGAAGGAUGCGGAACAAGAUGGCGAGGAGGACGACGGAUGAAGGUAAGUGGGAAAGUUUUGAAUCGUUUGUGUAAUAUAUAUGAAUUGUGGAAAAAA